AUGCCUAUUCAGAAUCUUGAACCUGACUUCGCUAUAGGCGUGAAGCGUCACAAUGUGUCGCCUAAGGAUUCUAAGGCCAGUCAAACUGUCGCCGACGAUGAUUCGAACUUGCAAUUGCUCUUUGACACUUUGGAGAAAUUUGGUUUCAAGGCUCAGGUUCGUGCUGGAGCUGACAAGGGAACCCAACUCCUUGUUUUUUUGAAGAUCACUGCCAAAGCAUAUGAAGAACUUGUCAAAAAAGACUUGCUCAGAAACUACGAGUUUGGCCUCACCGACGAUAACAGUGCUUCCUACAACAAGCAAAGACUUAUCUACGAGUACUUGACUACUCUGGACACUUUGGGUGGUGUUGGAAUCACCCCUGGCGUGGGUCAAUGGAAGUUUGUGGAGUCCAUCACUUCAUUGGAUGGCUACUUGGCUGACAGCACUGUCACCGAGCAAGCCAAGAAGGAUCUUGUGGACCCCACUUUCUCCACAGCCAAGUUCAAGAACCUUUAUGGUCCAAAUGUUGCCUUGUACUUUGACUUUGUGCGCUUUUACACCUUGGGAUUAUUUACUUUGGCCUUGUUUGGCAUUAUUGGCUUUUUGAAGUCGAAGAACUACUCAAUUGCCUUCUCAUUUAUUAACUUGAUUUGGGGUACUGUUUUGCUUGUCUUGUGGAGAAGAAGAACCAGAUUCUUGUCCAACACUUGGGGUGUCCAGAAUGCUCUUACCUUGGAGAGGUUCCGCUCCGAGCUUGUGGGCGCCGCUGGUGAGGUACAAGACAGUAAGCAGAAGGCCGAAUCUGACAAGAUUAGAUUCCUUAAGCAGCUUCUCUUUGUUCCAGUUGCUAUUGGUUUUGGUUUCAUCUUGCUCACCGCUCAAGGUCUUUGCUUCGUUUGGGAAAUCUUCAUUCUGGAAAUCUAUGAUGGUCCUGGAAAGGCUGUUUUGACAUUGACACCAACGAUUCUCUUGAGUUCUUUUGUGCCUGUUUUCACAAUCGUGUACACCACAGCAACAAAAAAGUUUAUCGAUUGGGAACGUCACCACAGUAACCUUACUCGCAGCCAGUCUUUCGCCAUCAAGUCCUUCUUGUUGAACAUCAUGACUGGCUAUGUUCCCCUUCUUAUCAGUGCGUUUAUCUACUUGCCCUUUGCUCAUCUUCUUCAGCCCAACUUGAUUUACAUCAAGAGAGCUAUUGCCGGAAGAAUCAGAUCUGAUAGAUAUGCCUACCUGUACUUGACCAAUAUCAAGACCCUGGAAUCUUUUGAAAUCAACCAGAGCAGAUUAGACUCGCAAUAUUUCUACUUCAUUGUCACUAACCAGGUUAUUGGUAGCAUUUUGAAGUUUGGUUUGCCUUUGAUUUUGACCCCUCUUAUCAACUUUGCCAAGAAGCUCAUUUAUGGAAAAGAACCACAAGUUGACGUUGAAGAAGACCCACAGGAGAAGAGUUGGUUGGACCGUGUCCGUCGUGCUGCAGAACUUCCUGAAUAUUCUGUUGAUGAUAGCUUCAGAGACAUUGCUUUGCAGUUCGGAUACGUCACCGUUUUUGGCUCAAUCUGGACAUUGGCGCCUGUUGUCUGUAUUUUCUUUAACAUACUUACUUUCAAGUUAGAGGAAUGGAGAUUGGCUAGUGGACUUUACUUUAAGCCUAUUGUUGCCAGAAAGAUUGACACAAUUUACCCAUGGAAUGUUGCAUUCUUCUUCUUGGCUUGGCUUGGAUCAAUUGUUUCUCCUUUGGUGGCCUCGUUCUACCGCCAUGGUGCUAAACCUCCAAAGAACUUUGGUCUGUUCGGAUUCGAUAAGGCCAGUGUGAAUGUCGGAUCUACUAUUGGUCUCGUCACUGUUUUGUUACUUUCUGAGCAUUUGUUCUUUGCUUUGUACUUCAUUGGCAGUAAAUUGAGCGAUCUCUUCAAGUCUGAACAAGAAACCGAGAAUGACAACUUCCAAAAUACCUUGAUCUUGAGAAGACAAGAGUUUUCAUCCAAGAAGAUUCCACAGAUUAGCGCCCCUGACGACAGCGAAUGGAGUUCUUACUCCCCUAGCAAUGCCCUUCAGCAGGCCAAGUCUCUCAAUGUUUACGAGAACAAGCCUCAAGAAGAAGGGGGCAGUAGUAUUACGGACUCUAUCAAAGCUAUCGGAGCACUGACUGGUAUUAGCACCACUGCUGCCUCAGAAGGAUCUUCUUCGGUGACAAACAAGAAAGAGCUUUUGGAAAAGAAGAGAAGAGAGCUCGAACAACUUCAGGAAGAGAAACGCAGAGAAUUGGAAGCCCGUGCUGAGAAAGGGGACUCUAUUGUCAACACCGUUGGUUCCCAAGGUGAGCCAUCUCAAGCUAUAAUCGACGAUAACAGUCAUGUACCAACAUCCGGUACUGAUUACGAGAAGGAUAUUGACCGUGAAGCUGCUGCUUCGAGGUCUAAGGAAGCACAGAAAUCUCUGGAUGCCGGUGAAGCUCUGUCAAAGGAAAAGAAGAGAUCACUGGCUGCCCCAGCUGCUCUUGCCGGAGCCGGUGGUGCUGCCGCUGGAGCUGCCGGAGCCGGAGCUGCCGCUUCCUCUUCAUCUUCCAAGGGCAAAGAACCACAAGGCAAAGGACCACAGGGUAAAGAACCACAGGAGAAGUCUCGUAGUGCUAACCCAAGUGAAGGCGGCUCUGCCCUGAUUGCUCAAGCUUCUCCAAGCAAUGACCCUAAGGCCGCCCUCAACAAGGAGCAUCUUCUGAACAAGAGUGCGGAACGUCUUGGAGUCCUCGGUAAGGAAGGAACCGUUGCACCUGUUGCAGAGCGUGCCGAGGAGACCAAGCUCCCUGUUGCUACCGGAAAAGACGAAGAAGAAGGUGUUGAAGGUGCUGAAGGUGCUGAAGGUGGCGAACAAACCGAGCAGCCCGCAGCUGGUAACGAAGAGCCAUCUGAACAAGUACAAGCUAACGGGACCGAGCAAGAGAGCGGCGCUGCCGCUACCAGCAACCAGAAGUCGACUGAAAACAAGACUCCGGACAACAAGUCAGGCGACACCAAAUCAACAGACAACUCCAGCUUUGACGAAAAUGGAAAAAAGUCCUCUAGAAAAAAGAGUUUGAAAAACUUGUUGAAGAGAAAAUGA